CGCGGGUCAGACACCGAUCAGACAGCAGGUCGGUGAGCGGAGAGACACGCACGAAGUACCGGAGAAAAAUAACGGAGACACCUGAACACCGGGGGGGCUUCUCCCGCUGUGGAAUAACGCUUACGGGAAGUAUUUAUUACCGGAGAGACACGGAGAGGAGCCGCUGCUGUCCACCAUGACGGGGAGCAGGGAGGAGGAGAGGAGGAAACUGGCCGACAUCAUCAACCACUGGAACGCCAACCGGCUCGACCUGUUCGAGAUCAGCCGGCCCACAGAGGACUUGGAGUUUCAUGGCGUGAUGCGGUUCUACUUCCAGGACCGGGUCGCCGGUAACUUUGCCACGAAGUGCAUCAGAGUGUCGAGCACGGCGACAACGCAGGACGUCAUCGAGACGUUAGCGGAGAAGUUCAGGCCCGACAUGAGGAUGCUCUCCUCCCCAAAAUACUCGCUGUACGAGGUCCACGUCAGUGGCGAGCGCCAGCUGGACCUGGACGAGAAGCCUCUGGUAGUUCAGCUCAACUGGAACAAAGACGACAGAGAAGGACGCUUCGUCCUGAAGAACGAGAACGACAUCCUUCCCAAGAAGAGUCAGAGUAACGGUCCGGAGAAGGAGAAGGACGGAGUGAUUCAGAACUUCAAGAGGACGCUGUCCAAGAAAGAGAAGAAGAAAGAGAAGAAGAGAGAGAAGGAGUUCUCCCCGCAUCUCUGACGGAGACGAGCAGAUGCUCAACAGAGAGGACGGGACGGAGAGAACAACCGCCUGGCAGCGGAGGUGUAUAAAGACAUGCCUGAGACCAGCUUCACUCGGACCAUCUCCAACCCCGAGGUCGUGAUGAAGAGACGACGGCAGCAGAAACUGGAGAAACGCAUGCAGGAGUUCAUGAGCAACGACGGAAGGCCUGACUCAGGAGGAACUCUGAGGAUCUACGCUGACUCUCUGAAGCCGAACAUUCCUUAUAAAACCAUCCUGCUCUCCACCCGAGACACGGCCGACUUCGCUGUGGUGGAGGCGCUGGAGAAGUACGUGGAGAAGGAGAACCCACGGGAGUACUGCAUCGCCCGGCAGGAUGAUAAAUCAGGCAAAGACGUGAUUCUGGAUGAUGGAGAAUGUCCGCUGCAGAUCUUCAGGGAAUGGCCCGCUGACAGAGCUGCACUAGUGUUCCAGCUGAAGAAGAGACCUCCAGACUACCAGGGGAGGAAGGGGAGGAAUGAGAAAGGUCUACGAGGGAGAGACGGCAGCACCAGCUCACUGCCGCCCGAGAAACUGCCUUACCUGGUGGAGCUGAGUCCAGAUGGGUCGGACUCCAGGGACAAACCAAAGCUGUACCGGCUCCAGCACAGCAUCACUGAGGUCGGCUCCGACUGCACAGACGACGGAGCCAUCCAGCUGCUGGGUCCGGGUAUCCUCCCCCACCACUGUAACCUGAUGCACAGCGAGGGAAUGGUUACCGUGACGCCCCACGGUCCGGACGCCGACACCUUCGUGGACGGGCAGCGCGUUACCGAGACGACGGUGCUGCGUUCAGGUUCAACCCUCCAGUUCGGUUCAACGCACGUCUUCAAGUUCGUGGACCCGAUGUUCGACCAGGGAGGGAAGAGAGAGCCGGCGUCCAUGAUGAGGACUCGACACAAGUCUGGCAGCGUACCUGAAACCACCUUCGAUCUGCACGGAGACAUUCACAGUGGAGCUGCUCUGCCCACCAGCAAGAGCUCAGGAAAGCUGGAGAUGGAGAGAGGAAUGGUGAAACCAAUGAUCAGAGGAGAGCAGCAGGACAGCAGGUCUCAGGACAUUUCAGCAGACAGGACCGAGUUGACUCUGCCGGCCAGCAUCGAGUUCAGAGACAACACUGAAGACACGUUCCUGUCGGCCAUCAUCAACUACACCAACAGCUCCACGGUCCACUUCAAGCUGUCUCCCACCUACGUGCUGUACAUGGCCUGCCGCUUCGUCCUGUCUCCCGCCUACCGGCCCGACACCUCGCCGUCGGAGCGCACGCACAAAGUCAUCGCCAUCGUCAACAAGAUGGUGAGCAUGAUGGAGGGAGUCAUCCAGGUCAGUACCCACACUUUAAAUAUCUAAUAUAUGACGUCAUCGAUUCAUUUCUGCAUCAUCUUCACUUAGUGCUGGGCGGUAGGAUCAAAAAAAUGUG